AUGGAGACCGCCUGCCCAAGUCCAACAAGCCGGCCCAACGACACAGCAGUUAAGCACUAUGGCUCAUUUCCAGAUGAGAGUGCCCACAACUGCAAUACUGGAUCCAGCUUCAUGUUUAUCAUCUUGCCAUCCAUCUACUGCCUGGUUUUCCUCCUCAGUCUGGCUGGGAACGGUACACUGCUAGUCCAUUACUCCCUGAAUAAGAAAAAGUCCUCCUCAGCUUCGAAAGUCUUCAUGGCCAACUUGGCUGUUCUGGAUCUUCUCUUGGUGUUGUCCCUUCCUCUUCUCAUUUCCUACAAAAUCCAAGGGAAGUGGCCCUUUGGGGAGCUCCUGUGCUGGAUUUCGUCCUCCCUCUUUUUCGCAGACUUGUAUGGCAGUAACUUCUUUUUGCUCUGUAUUUGUUUGGACCGCUACGUGGCUGUGUGCCACCCUCUGAGGUACCAUAGUGUGCAGACUCCCGCUGUCCGCAGGCUGCUCUCCUGUGGCGUUUGGGUCCUCAUCCUGGGGGGUGUUCUGAGUCUCACUCUGUCGGGAGAUCUUCUUGAAGUGCAAUCUGAUGGCAGUGUAACCUGUGGGGACACCUUUUCUGAUGAGAAGUGGCACGGUCGCAUAGCAGUCUUGGUAAUUGUGGGCUCCCUCCUGUCUUUUUUCCUCCCCUACAUCUCUGUGGUGAUCUGCUAUGCCCUGAUUGCCCGUCGGCUGAUUGCAUUGGAUGGCACAGAGCAGAGCAAGGCUCUCAGGAGGAAAUCCAUGCGGGCUAUCCUUUCUGUGGUGGCCGUUUGGACGAUCAGCUACCUGCCCUACCACACUGUUCAGCUGUGGAAUGCCUUUCAUCGCCUACAUGCUGCACCAAAUCAAGGAGCUUCCCUCGCUAUCUGUGUGAGUCACCGCACUGCUGUCUGCCUCGCCAGUCUGAACAGCUUCCUCGACCCUCUGGUGUAUUACUUUCAUUCGAAUGGCAUUAGGAGGAACCUGGCGCACUGUUGCAAACAAGCAGGUAAUGAGACUAAAGAAAGCUCUACUGCAAGACUCUAA